CAGUCCAUCUUGUCUACUCAAGCAAGCCGUGUCAGUGAUUGUGUUAGAACGUUAACAUCAAGGGACUAAGUUUCAGAAUGUCGGCUUCACCGAUUGCAAGGCAAGCGACCCACACUCAGGCUAUACCAUCAAGGAGGGUUCUUAUCACGGACCCUACGCAGAUGCCUGAUGUAUACUCCAGUACUCCUGGAGGCACUCUAUACUCUACCACGCCUGGAGGCACAAGGAUUGUCUAUGAGAGGUCCUUCAUGAUGUCUUUGAGGCAGUCCCCGAUCUCACAGACCCCACCGAAGUGUUCGCUACCUGCGGCUCUUUUAAAGAACCCUGGUUCUGUACCCCACUCUCAGCCCAGCCCGGUACAGAAAAAAUCACGCUCGAAUUCCAUCUCCUUCGACGAGUCGCAGGAAACGUUCAGUAUGGAUCUCUAAACGUAGAAAUAAGUACUCAAUUAGAUUUUACGUUCCGAGACAUAUUGCAUAACAAAACACAUUCAUAUAUUUUUUUAAAAUAAGUGCCUAUUGAUUAAUGAAGCAAUAUUUUACUCUGUAUUAAUUUGGUCUCAGAACGUAAAAGGUAAGGUCAAAACGUGCUUUUUUAUUAUCUACUCUUAGUAAUUCUAUAUUAUUAUUAGAGAAGACUGCUAAAAUUGUUAUUAGUUUGGCCUCGACAAAGUCAAUUUAAGUUUAAGGCUUAAAACGCGACUGAACCCGCGUUAAAAACGCAAUCCUUUGCCGC